CGCAUCCAGUGGCAGUGCGUCGGUGCAGCGCCACAGCGGGGCGUGGUGGGGUCACACGCAUGCGUAGCACGACCAAGAGUGAGGUGAGAAGGCGUGAAGUGAGAAACUGCUGAUCACUACAGUGAAAUUUUCAACCCAGUGAAAGACACCGGCAAUAAGUGCGAGGUCUGGAGCACUACCGUCGCUGCCAGGCCACAGUCUGUUUGUGGGAUCGUGCCCCGCUGAGGGCGCAGUCGGGACCGUGCCCCGCUGAGGGUACGGUACCGCAGGCAGGUUUACGGCGGCCAGCAGCCAGCAGGCCACCAUGGUCCUCACUCUCUGCUGCGGGUGCUUGUCGCUGCGCACCGGCUCCCUGGCCAUUGGCAUCACCUACCUCAGCCUCAGCUGCCUGGUGCUACUCGCCUGGACGGCCUUUCUCAUAGAGCGCGCCAUCGCCAUGCGCUUCGACUACUACUGGAACCUGAUGUACAUCUACUUCGGCCUGCUGGUGGUGUGUGUCCCUAACAUCAUAACAAACAGUCUACUCAUUCACGGCCUUCGUCACAACAGGCGUAAAUUUCUCUUUCCGUGGGUGAUCUGGUACGGCGUUUUCAAGGCUCUGGUCACCCUGGCGUGGCUGGCCGCGGCCGCCUGGGCGCUGUGGAUGUGUUUCGCCUGGAAUGGACUCGGCACGACCCAGGCGGUGGUCGCUAAUCUGGUGAUCUGGAUACCGGGACUGGUCGGGAUGACCGUGAUGUGGUACUGGUACGCCUGCGUUGUGACGUACUUUCAGAUACUGGCGCCCAGUGAUGUAUAUGCGAUGACAAAUAUUUAAUCUUAUCGUGAUCUUGUGCCGAACUUGCCAUUGCUGUGAUGCGCUUUUGGAGUGAAACAUGGUGCAUGCGAAUUCGUAUGAUUGUUCACUGAAAAUGCAGUGUAUGAUUAUGUAGAUUUUUUACAUUAAUUCAGUCCUAACCUUUUGAAUGGAAGGAUUCACCAGGACAGAGCCACCGCUAAGCCGAGCUUGUUGCGAUGA